CAGCCCUCACCUCCUCAGGUUGUUCUCCUGUAAGGGUAAACGUGCUGCUUUCAGGAUUUCAUUGCGCUGUGGGUACGCUGCCCGCCCUGUAGGGCUGCCAGGAGCCGCGGGGUGGGCAGUGCGCGCCCCGUGCCUGCAGCUUCCCCGGGGGCGGCGGGCACAGCUGCGCUGACAGCGGCUGGAGGAGCCUCGGCAGCCACAGAGCAUCCAUCCAGCGCGGCUCCGGCAGCCCUACAUGCCGCCAGGUGCCCCCCCCGGGCUGGGGACGGCCGCGGGCCCCCCGAGGAGCUGCACCCUGGUGCUGGUGUUGGUGGCGGUGCUGGGAGCCCGACCCGAGGCGGCGAGGAGCGUCCCCAGGCAGCGGCGAUACGAGCAUAGCCCGGGUCCCAGCAGCUCGUGGUGGGAUGUGGAACAUGAAGAACUGCUGCACGAUCAAAGCACCCUGCCUGGAACUGUGGAACCACACAGACCCAGCCCCUUCCUCCAUCCCAAUACCAGCAGAAGUUCCCUAAGUCAGAACCUGGACCAGAAGUCACAAGAGAAGCAGUUGUCCUGUGAUGUGCUCCUCAAACUUUCCAGAUAUAUUUCAGUGGAUAUCUUUGGACCUGGCUUGGCCUGGAACCUCUUUCAGUUGUACAACUGUGAUCGUGAUGCCAAGCUACCCAAAAUACCCAACAUGUACGUCAGUCCCCUCAAGAUGGUGCGGCACAAGCUGAGGCCUUUCUUGCUGCACAGGAUGCUGCGGAUGCUGGGGAACAUGGGCGUGCUCACUGAGGGCCAGCAGCACAAGGUCUUCGCUCUGCUCAAGGAGCACAUGCUGAAAGCAAGGAAGAUACCACCAAAGCCCAAAGCAGAGCACAGUGGGCCGUGCCCGCAGCCUGUCUCGCACCUCGCCCCGUGGCGUCCCGGCUCCGACACCCGCCGCCACGCCGUGGUGGGUCGGGGGGUGGCCCUGCGGCUCGAGAGCUCCGCUGCUUUCCACUCUCUCGUCAUUCGCGACGGAGGGAAGGUGGUAUUCGCCGACCGCCCCCACGGGCCGCCCAUCACGCUGCGGGCCCGCUACAUCCUCAUCCGGGACGGCGGGGAGCUGCACGUCGGUUCGGAGCGCUGCCCCUACGCCUCGCGGGCCACCAUCUCGCUGUACGGGAGAGCCGCCGACGGGGCGGCCGUGGACGGCUUCGGGCAGAAAUUCCUGGGCGUGGGGCGCGGCGGGGUGCUGGAGCUGCACGGGCGGCGGCCCCGCUCCUGGAGCCUCCUGGAUAAAACCCUGCACCCUGGAGGGCUCCGCCACGGUCCCUACUACUCGGAGAGGCAGUGGGGCAGCCGCGGGCUCAACCUGCGAGUCCUGGACGCCGGCACGGGGCGGGUAGCAGCGGCCGGACGCUUCGACACCCACCUGCGGGCCGCGGAGUGCCAUCGGCUGCGCGACUUCCUGGCACUGCAGCCCGAAGGCAGCGUGGUGGCGGCCGCCGUGGGGGACUCGGCCGCCCGCAGCCUCACGGUGGAGACGCGGCUGCUGCUGCGGGAUCGCUUGCGCAGCCAACACAUCUCCCGGCUGGGCUACAGGCAGCCCUGGGCGCUGGUGGGGAUCCUCGGAGGGGAUCCGCUUUCGACGGCAGAGGAUAAGAGAGAGUAUCAUGGGAAUGGGACAACAGGGUUAGCCGUAGCCCAAAGAGAAUUCCUCACCUACGAUGGCACCCGUUUCACUGUUACUGCUUUCAGUGGAUGGAUAAAAGGAGUGCCUCAUAAUGGGUUUAAAGUGGAGGUGUCCAAAGGAAUAAUUCUCCAUUUAGUGGAUGAUGUUAGGAGCUGGUUACCUGGUGACAGGAUCGUCAUUGCCAGUACGGAUUAUUCCAUGCAUCAGGCUGAGGAGUUCAACCUCCUUCCUUGCCCUGAAUGUAAAAGCAAUCAAGUGAAAAUUGAUGGCAGCCCACUUUAUCUUCAUAUUGGCGAAGUCAUAGACGGCAUCGAUAUGAGGGCAGAGGUCGGUCUUCUGACUAGAAAUAUACUUAUCCAAGGAGAAAUGGAAGACUCCUGUUAUGGAGAAAAUCAAUGUCAGUUUUUCUCCUUUGACACGUUUGGAGGACAUAUUAAAAUCCUAGCGAAUUUCAGCUCUGUGCACAUGUCAGGUGUGGAGUUAAAAAACAUGGGGCAGCAAAUCCUGGGCAGUUACCCUGUGCACUUUCACAUGGCUGCAGAUGUCGAUGAGAGAGGAGGGUAUCAACACCCAACGUACCUUGAUAAUCUGGCUAUCCACCACUGCUUCUCUAGGUGUGUUGCCAUACAUGGGACUCAUGGCCUGCUGGUAAAAGACACCAUUGGCUAUGACACCCUGGGGCACUGUUUUUUCCUGGAGGAUGGGACGGAGCAGCGCAAUACAUUCCGGCACAACUUGGGCCUGCUCACCAGGUCGGGAACCAUCUUGCCCUCAGAUCGCAAUGAAGCAAUGUGCCUUGCCAUCAGGAGCCACGUCUAUGGGAAUUACAUUCCGGUGCCAAGCACUGACUGCAUGGCUGUCAGCACUUUCUGGAUUGCAAAUCCAAACAACAACUUAAUAGAGAAUGCAGCUGCCGGUGCUCAGGAUGUCGGGAUCUGGUACAUCUUCCAUAGGGUUCCAACUGGACAGUCUGAAGGGCAAUAUCCAGAAGGACAAGCUGAACAUACCCCCUUGGGAGUAUUUUACAACAACAGAGUCCACUCCAAUUUCAAGGCUGGUUUGUUUAUUGGAAAAGGAGUAAAGACAACAAGAGCCAGCGCUGAAGAUCCCAGAGAGUAUCUCACUGUCGAUAAUGCCAGGUUUCGCCCACAUCAAGAUGCUGAUCCUGAAAAGCCACGAGUUCCUGCCAUAAUUGAUGGUCUCAUUGCUUUUAAAAAUAAUGACCAUGGGGCCUGGGCCAGGGGUGGUGACAUUAUUUUCCACAACUCUGGGUUUUCAGACAAUGGAAUUGGGCUCACACUGGCAAGUGAUGGGACAUUCCCAACUGAUGAUGGCUCUAGCCUGGAGGUGUCACGCUCCAUUUUUGUUGGAGAAAGCAGCAAUCUGGGCUCCCAAGGAGGCCAGAACAGCUACUGGGGAAAAGGGGCAAACGGAGAAUACAGGACACUGCCCAGAAACAAGACAUUCCCUAUUCGUGGAUUCCAGAUUUAUGAUGGGCCCGUCAGGAUGGCAAAAUGCACUUUCAAGAAGUUUACCCCAACUGCUGACCGAUACUCAAGUGCCAUUGGCUUCUUCAUGAAAAACUCCUGGCAGAUAAGCCCCCAGAAUAAUGUGUCACAAAUCCUGAUGGAGAAGAGCGUUGGACUGAAAGUGUUUUUUGGCAGAGCGGGCCAGUGGUUUGGAAACAAUGAUAAUGACGGUGACAAAAUGUCUGUCUUCCAUGAUCUGGAUGGCUCCGUGACGGGAUAUUCCAACACCUUUGUAGGCAGAGCAGACAACUACCUGCUCCGUCAUCCCGGCUGCGUCACCGUCCCCCGCUGGAAUGGGGUGAUGUGCACUGGUAGAUAUGCACAGCUUUAUAUUCAGGCCAGGCGCCCUGAGAAUCUGACCUUAUCCAUUGCCAGAGCAGCAUACCAUUCCCACCCCUUGCAGUUGCAAGGCGUGAACAGAGGAGCGCCGUACCAGCAAUACCAGCCGGUCGUCAUGCUGGAGCAGGCUUACAUCAUCCAGUGGGAUGGCAGAGCGCCUGAGGAUAUCAUCCUGUACCCAAUCAACUUCAACAGAGGAGACUGGCUGCACAUUGCCCUCUGCUAUCCCAGGAACACCAUCUUCCACGUGGUGAAAGAUAUCUACCAGCGACGGACAGGGAUGGUGCACAGCAUAAAGCAUUACCUCAUGGCUCCUUCCCGUGACAGUGUUCUCAAUGGGACUGGCGAGCAGCUCUUCUACUUUGACAGAGCGUUGGGGUACCUAUUUGUCCACCUGCAGGCCCACGAAGCUCGGCAAGGGCACAGUUACUGCUCCCAGCAAGGCUGUGAACGUAUCAAAAUCAUGGCGCAGAUGUACCCGGGGGGGUCCUGGAGCUGUGCCCCCAACCCCUUUUUGCAGAGGCCAGCUGCCCCGCAGCGCCCCGUGUCCCAGCACCAGGCAGUGCCAUGCAGGGCUUGUGGGGCCCCACAGCUUGCUAUCACCAGCACGCCCUCAGUCAAGUAUGUAAGAAUCCAGAUCCAGUCCCUCAGCAAGGCAGACAUACAGAACCACUUGACAUCUGCAUUCAUUAAGAUAAAUGACACGACGCUCCUGUUCAAUAGCCCUGGGGUGUUCUUCGUGGUGCUAGAUGCAUGUUCAGGAGCAGUUGUGAGUAGGCGGCACUUUGACACAGUUGCUGGGGAAAAUGUGACCGAUUCAAUAACUGAUUAUGUUCAAACAUUAAUAAAAGAGAGAUCACUUGUUCUUGUGUGCUCUAGAGAUAUUGGAGACAAGGUGUGGAGCUCUGAAAUGUCUGUUUUUACAAGGUUAGGUUCGGCAAAGCCUAUUGUCUUCCACAGAGAAGGGAGUUUUGCUAUGCUCGGCUAUAAAGGACAAGCCAAGCCCUCCUGGAUUAAAGUCCUAAAUCACGCUCGUUAUCAGAAAACUGCUUCUCUACAGCAUUAUGUUCCCUUGAAGACGAAAGAGUAUCAAUGUUCAGAUAAUGCCUUUUCUCAGAACCACUCAGAGCACAACUCUGCAGGGGCUGCAGCACCCUGCAAUUAGCAUCAUUGGUGUAACCACAGCCAGGCAAGUCCAGCAGCUGUCACCAAAUUGCUCUUGUUUUUAUGGGAUUGUAUCAAACCGAUGUUGUUCACUUGUAUAUUUUAUAAUUAAUAAAUGUAUUCUCAUCUUACUCGCUAUGGUAGAGUUUUAUUUUCCAAACAGUGCCCUACAGGGCGGAUAGGAAAAGCCUGUGGACUGCACUUCCCAAGGAGGAGAAGUGUUUGAGCAAUGUCUAUGAUUUGGUGUCAAACGGUAAGUUCUAAAGGCAAAACCCUGUUCUUCAGUGUCAUAGGCAAUGAAAAUGAAACUUGGCAUGGAAACUUUAGCAGCAUCUAGCAGUGAAACAGUUCUUCUAUGGCAUUUUAGGUGAGCUCACAGACAUCUGCUUGCAUCAAUGGGUAAGCAUGUGAUCAUCUUACAAUAAUAUCUUCUAAUCAACCUGAAUAUAUAUGGUGACAACAAGGAAUUACAAAUGUCUGUCUGUAGCUAAUGACUGGUGAAAUGCUAUUUGCCCAGUUGAUGCGAACAUUUAAUUAAACAUGUGCUGUGCAGGGUAAAAUCUUGCAUUCCUCUUUCAAUGACUGUAUUGACUUUCCGCUCCCAUGGAGGGUUGAACUACUGCUGGUAUUAGUAGCUAAGAUUCUUUGCUUUUUGAAAUGAAAGGCAAAGAAAGAGCUAUGUAUGCAAACAGAGACAAACCGAUGACUCACUGACUACAAUUUAAGUACAAAAGUAGGAUGAAAUGAUGGGAUUCUCAUUUUGCUUUGAAAGCAAUGUUACCUGGUGACAGCAAGGAAGGAGAGGGCAAGUUCAGACUACCAUGUCUUUGCCACGGAAUUCUUUAUAGGAGCUGCACAAGUUUACAAAACGUUCAAAACUGGAAAAAAAAAAAAAAAAAAA